AUGGAUAAUAUUUUUAAUUUCGAUUUAGACAAGGUUCGCGUUUCCAAUGUAAAUAGUGCAUAUUAUAUUAAGGAAUUUAUAACCGAACAAAAUGAACAAGAACUUUUGAACAAGAUUUUAAUGCCACCGACUCCAAAUCAACAGAUUUUUUCCGCGCCAAAGCCGAAAUGGGUUGUUCUAAAAAACAGAAGUGAAGUUUCAGCAUACACGAUUAAUUUUGUUAAACACGAUAGACUACAAAACUGGGGCGGUAUACCAACAGAACGCGGGAUGCUUUCUGAACCGCUUCCACCUUGGUUAACAACUUGUACGUUUCCAAAAUUUUCAGCUCUUGGCCUAUUUAAUGAAUGCGAAAAAUUCAAAUUGCCAAACCAUUGUUUAAUUAAUGAGUAUGAAAGUGGGCAAGGAAUUAUGCCGCACGAAGAUGGUCCAUUUUAUUAUCCAACAGUAGUAACAGUUUCAUUAAAAUCACAUACCAUUCUUGAUUUUUAUAAACGUUUGGAUUCAAUGAAUUGCACAAUGGCCAAUACAAAUAACUGCGAGAAUAAGAGCUAUUAUAGAGCACCAGAAUUUUCACUGCUACUUGAACCUCGAAG